AUGAAGAACAUUAUGAGAUUUGGGAAGAAAGAGAAAUUGAGCCCUCACUUCAUUGGACCAUUUAAAAUACUGGAAAGAGUUGAGACUAUUACUUACCAACUGGCAUUGCCACCGAAUAUAGCUAAUAUCCAUGAUGUGUUUCAUGUAUCCAUGCUACAGAAGUAUCACCCUGACCCAUCUCAUGUACUUCAGUAUGAAGAUAUUCCUAUCGAGAAAGACAUGUCUUAUCAAAAAAUACCCAUAGGCAUAUUAGAUAGACAAGAGCGAGUAUUAAGGAACAAGACUAUUCCAAUGGUCAAAGUACUCUGGCAACAUAAUUCACCAGUAGAAGCUACUUGA